GAGAGAGAGAGAGAGAGAGAGAGAGAGAGAGAGAGAGAGAGAGAGAGAGAGAGAGAGAGAGAGAGAGAGAGAGAGAAUGGGUCAUCUGAAGGAGGUGAGCGAGGAGCAGCGACGGCAUGAGUCAGAACGGGAGGGAACGGGGAAGAACGGUGUGGAGUCUGGUGCGGCAAUGGAGGUCAGUGAUGAAGUCCGUGAUGAGUCGAGGAGAGAUCGUGGCAGUCUGUUUGGCCGCGGUCAUUCUGCUGCUCCCCAGAUCGAACAACACGGUGAUGACAGAGACGAGCUUCGAAGAAGACGCGAACAAGAACGUCAGGUUGAAGAAGGAACUCGACCAGGACUAGGCUCAGACUUGCUAACGGAACCCAUAGUUGCCGCAGUGCCAUCUGGGACCGAACCAAGGCCCGGAAGAAGAGGAGAGGCAUCCCUGGUGGAUAGCUUUUUGGGACCAUAUAGCUCAGACUCUGCUCUUGGAAGGAUGCCUCCUCAGACAGAGAGUCGUCAAACUGCAAGUGGGGUACCUAGUACCCCAGUGCAGCCAGAUACGGACAUAGCAGGCACUGGAAGUCUACCUACUCUUAUCCAGGGUUCCUAUGGGGGUGGGCUUUACGCCACAGAAGAGCACGCUUUGUCGGAGGGAGAUGUUAAAGUGAAACUAAAUGAUGUCAAUGAUGAUGAAUCUGAUAGUGAUGUUGAUGAUGAUGAUAAUGAUGAUAUUGGUAAUGAUAAUGAUGCUGAUAAGAUGAUGAUGAUAAUGGUAGUGAUGAUUAAGAUGAUAAUAACUAUGAUGAUGAUCGCGCCCAUCACCUUGCGCUAACUCAAGAUGCUGCUAGUGCUAAUGACCGGAUGAUGAUGAUGGUGAAGAUACUAAAAGGGGCGAGCAGCGCCGAUGAUGAAAUUUUUACGAUGAGUAUCGCGCAGCCCCUCUAAACAUGGUGUUAAAGUUGAAACCUACCCUGUUGAUGCUGAUAAAGGCGAUGAAGAUGACGAAUAGCUCCCUGAUGAUGAUGCCUGUCGUUGUAGCCCUAUGCUGCAGAUAAACGACCUCUCCCCGUUGCUUGAUACUGCUGCUUGUAUGUCGCGAAGACGAAAACAGUCUCAAACACUCCACUCCUUAUCCCCCUCCACUCCUCCUCCCAUCUCGUGGGACACACAGCGCUCCUCUCCCUCUUGCUCCUGGCCGACCUCCUCCACCAAAUUGUGCAAGAAGAAGAGCACAAAUGAUUCCUCCCGAUGCAAGACCCAGUAAAGAGCCUUACCCCGC